AUGUCCGCCCAGGCACAGCCCACAGGAAGCCGACCCGAUGCUCGCUUGCAACGCCGACUAUGCAAUUACAAUGAAACGGGUGGUACAAAAGGUGUAAUCAAUGAGCCAGAGGAUGAAAGUGUAGAUACCGAAUGCCGGACGAGAGAAAGCCGCCGCCGCAAACGUGGUAAAAAUCAGAAAUGCCUCUCCAGUUGCCGUUGUAACCCAGGGUAUAAUUCGCCGUGUGAAUGCUGA